ACCUGAGAACUCGAGUCCCACGAGCCUCAAUACACUUGCUCGGAGAUACCGCACUCCAAGACUUCAACUCGAAGGAAUAUGCCCUUCCUUCGUACAACCAAGGGAACAAACCUCCCUUAAAGUGUUCACAACACUUAACCACUCAAGAACAAAAACUCUCUUAAAGAGUAGAAUAUGAGUAAACUAAUUUAGAUCAAGAACACACUCAAUUCCUCAAGAAAUGGCUCUAAAAAGCUAUGUAAAAAGUUUAUGGAAUGAUGCAAUGCCUCAAAACGAGUAGACAAUUUUGCGUUUAGGCAUCUCAUUGUUGUUUCAAAAAUUCCCGCUCAAAUGUUGCUGUGAGUAGAAAGAAAUUCCUUUCUUAGUUCUAUCACUAAAACGUACAGAAACACGCAAUUUUAAGCUUAGUCGAAGAUUUGAAGUGAUUUUUGCUUCAGAAGAAGUGAGUUUCUGAUGGAUUAGUCGUAAGCGAGGAGAUGGAAUCGCUUACGGUUGACGACGAGUUGAAGACCGGUGUGAAUCGGUCUGGAUCUAGAGUUCCGAGGCUUUUUAUUAAAGAGAUGGUGAUGAGAAAUUUCAAAUCCUAUGCCGGUGAGCAGCGCGUUGGCCCCUUUCAUAAGAGUUUCACGGCAGUAGUUGGUCCCAAUGGAAGCGGGAAGAGUAACGUAAUUGAUGCCAUGUUGUUUGUGUUUGGAAAGCGAGCCAAACAAAUGCGGCUUAAUAAAGUAUCAGAGCUCAUUCACAAUUCAACCAAUCACCAGAAUUUGGAAAGUGCUGGUGUAUCUGUUCACUUUCAGGAAAUUAUUGAUUUGGAUGAUGGGGCAUUUGAAGCAGUACCUGAAAGUGAUUUUAUAAUAACUCGUGUUGCUUUUAGAGACAAUUCUUCCAAAUACUACAUCAAUGAUAGACUUAGUAAUUUUACCGAGGUCACAAAGAAAUUGAAAGGGAAAGGAGUUGACUUGGAUAACAAUCGUUUUUUAAUUCUUCAGGGUGAGGUUGAGCAGAUAUCCUUGAUGAAGCCAAAAGCACAAGGAACUCAUGAUGAAGGCUUUCUUGAGUACCUAGAGGAUAUCAUUGGAACUAACAAAUAUGUCGAGAAGAUUGAUGAAUCAUUUAAGCAACUCGAAUCCCUCAAUGAAAGGAGGACUGGGGUUGUUCAAAUGGUGAAGCUGGCUGAGAAAGAAAGAGAUAGCCUGGAGGGUGUAAAGAAUGAAGCUGAAGCCUACAUGCUCAAAGAAUUAUCCCUGCUAAAAUGGAAAGAGAAAGCAACAAAGUUAGCUUUUGAAGACAAUUCAGCUAAGCUUGUUGACCUACAGGCAAACAUUUCUACUACAGAAGAGAAUCUGAAAAACGAAAGGGAGAAAAUUCAAGAAAGCAGCAAAACGUUGAAGGAGCUUGAGGGACUUCAUAUGAAGUGUCUGAAAAGACACGAGGAACUUGGCAAUAGCUUGGCAUGUUGCAAAGAUGAGUUCAAGGAAUUUGAAAGGCAAGAUGUGAAGUACCGUGAGGAUUUGAAGCAUUUGAAAGAGAAGAUGAAGAAGCUUGAUGUUAAACUCGAUAAGGAUUCAGCAAAAAUUGAUGAUAUCACAAAGAAGUGUGAAGAGUCUACUGAUUUGAUUCCACGGCUGGAGGAAGAUAUUCCAAAGCUGCAGAAGAUUUUAGUAGAUGAGGAAAAAAUCCUAGAGGAAAUCAAAGAGAACUCUAAAGCUGAAACAAAGGCUCUCAGAAGUGAACUUGCUGAUGUUCGAGCUGAACUAGAACCAUGGGAGAAGCAGUUGAUUGAGCACAGAGGAAAACUUGAAGUUGCAUCUACUGAAGUGAAACUUCUAUCUGAAAAGCAUGAGUCUGGCCAUGCUGCUUAUGAGGAUGCUCAGAAUCAGAUGACAGAAAUAGAACAGAGAAUUCAGAAUAAAGGUGCAAGCAUAAAUAAUUUAAUGAGUGAGCUUGAAAAGAACAAGAUUGAAAAAUCAGAAACCCAAAAGAUGGAAAAUGAACUCAACAUAGAAGAACAAAAGCUAAUUCCUCUUGAAAAAGCUGCCAGAUCUAAGCUCUCAGAGCUUGUCUCUGUAAUGGAGUCUGAGAAGAGUCAAGGAUCAGUUUUGAAAGCUUUACUACACGCGAAAGUGGAAAAUCUCAUUCCGGGAAUAUAUGGUCGUAUGGGGGAUUUAGGUGCUAUUGAUGAAAAGUAUGAUGUUGCAAUAUCAACAGCAUGUCCUGGACUCGAUUAUAUCGUAGUGGAGACAACUGCAGCAGCGCAGUCAUGUGUCGAGCUAUUACGCAAUAAAAAUCUUGGUGUUGCUACUUUUAUGAUUCUGGAGAAGCAGGUUGAUCAUUUACGCAAAAUAAAAGAGACAACAACUACACCUGAAGGAGUUCCACGGUUGUUUGAUCUAGUUAAGGUUCAAGAUGAAAAAUUGAAGCUUGCUUUUUUUGCAGCAUUGGGGAAUACAGUUGUUGCUAAAGACAUAGAUCAGGCAACUCGAAUUGCAUAUGGAGGAAACAAAGAAUAUAGACGUGUUGUAACACUUGAUGGUGCCCUUUUUGAAAAGUCUGGGACUAUGAGUGGUGGAGGAUGUAAGCCACGUGGUGGUAAGAUGGGAUCAUCAAUUCGACCUGCCAGUGUUUCUGGAGAAGCUAUUUCUAAUGCCGAAGAUGAGCUUUCAAAGUUAUGUGAAAGGUUGAGGGAUGUCAGACAAAGGAUUUCUGAAGCGGUGACACGUUACAGGUCCUUGGACGAAGCAAAAUCUCACAUGGAGAUGGAAUUAGCCAAAAGCCAGAAGGAGAUUGACAGCUUGAAAUCACAACAAAGCGAUUUGACAAAACAAAUGGAUUCCUUAAAGAGAGCAUCAAAUCCAAGCAAAGUUGAAGUUGAUAGGCUGAAGGAGCUUAGGAGCAUCACAACAGGAGAAGAAGAAGAAAUCAAUAGGCUUAUACAAGGAUCAAAACAACUGAAAGACAAGGCUUCAGAACUUCAGAAAAAAAUAGAGAAUGCUGGUGGUAUGCAGCUUAAAAAUCAGAAGGAGAAGGUUAACAAAAUUCAGUUGGACAUUGACAUUAAAAGAACUGAAAUCAAUCGCUGCAAAGUUCAAAUAGAAACAGGUCAGAAAACGUUAAAAAAGCUAGUCAAGGGGAUAGAAGAAUCUAAGAAAGAGAAGGAAAGACUGACUGAAGAGAAGGAAAAAUUGCUUUGUAUGUUCAAAGAGAUUGAGCAGAAGGCUUUUACAGUUCAGGAAAACUAUAAGAGAACACAGGAGCUCAUCGAUCAGCAUAAAGAUGUUUUAAAUAAAGCAAAAUCAGAUUAUGACAGCCUUAAGAAGACCAUGGAUGAGUUACGGGCAUCAGAGGUUGAUGCUGAUUACAAGCUGCAAGAUAUGAAAAAAGUGUACAAAGAGUUGGAACAGAAGGGGAGUGGUUAUGAGAAAAAGCUUGGUGAAUUAGGAACUGCUCUAUCAAAACAUUUGGAUCAGAUUCAGUUCGACAUGGUGGACCAGGAAAAGCUUCAGGCAGCCCUGACUGAUGAAACUCUUUCAGGAAAUUGUAUCCUUAAACGGGCUCUUGAAACUGUUUCACUUCUUGAAGCUCAAUUACAAGAGAUGAAUCCAAAUCUCGAAUCAAUUUCAGAGUAUCGAAAGAAAGUGUCUCUGUACAAUGAAAGAGUAGAAGAACUAAAUUCUGUAACCAAGGGCCGUGAUGAUUUAAAAAGACAAUAUGAUGAAUGGAGAAAAAGAAGAUUUGAUGAAUUUAUGGUGGGCUUUAAUACAAUAUCUUUGAAGCUUAAAGAAAUGUAUCAGAUGAUUACGCUUGGAGGUGAUGCAGAACUCGAGCUGGUGGAUUCUCUAGAUCCUUUUUCGGAAGGUGUUGUUUUCAGUGUUAGACCACCCAAGAAAAGCUGGAAAAAUAUUGCAAACUUAUCUGGUGGCGAAAAGACGCUCAGCUCUCUAGCUCUGGUUUUUGCCCUCCACCACUACAAACCCACCCCUCUUUAUGUGAUGGAUGAGAUUGAUGCUGCUUUGGAUUUCAAAAAUGUCUCUAUUGUGGGGCACUACGUGAAAGACCGCACCAAGGACGCACAGUUCAUCAUUAUAAGCCUUAGAAACAACAUGUUUGAAUUGGCUGAUCGACUUGUUGGAAUAUAUAAGACUGAUAAUUGCACCAAGAGUAUUGCAAUAAACCCGGGAAGCUUUGUUGUUAGUCAGAAAGCGGCUUAAGGUUUUUUAGAGAUGGAAAGCUGACAGGUGAAGAUAGAUUCAGGAAGCAUGUAAAUUAUCUGUUUUUUUUUUGUCGAAUGUUUGGCUAUGUAUGUUUCAUUAUUAUUACAAUAUUUGCCCGCCAAACAUUGGUAAAACAUUGAUGUGUGUUUCUAUUACUAUAUGGUAAAACGAAAUUUGAUACUUUUGACUGUAUAUAAUCUACCGCAAAAAUUAUUUCGGUGCACCCUUAAUUUUAUGGUAAUAACUCCCAAGUCCAUAAUAUACUCUGAGGCUUUUU